CGUCGGGCCCCUUUGAGACGCUGUAAUCAUGAACGACGGACAGCAUCAAUGGGAAUCAGCCAUCAACCACAUCAGGGGCAUUGCCAGCAUCAUCUGGACCGAUUGUGCUGUAAGAAGCGCAACACAAUUCUCAAUAUUUAGAUUAGAACCCAGGCGAAAAAGAUAUAUCUUUAUUCUAAAUGUAAUGUAAUAUAAGAGAAUGUAUACAAAACUUGACAUGUUAGGGACCCACAGACGUAUUCCUAUUGCGGUUCAUCGCUGUCUGAGUUGAUAGUGGGUGAAGUGCUCAUCCUCCUCCUCCGUUCUCGCGCUCUGUACCGAAUUGUACAUUUUUAGCUAUUAUCAUUCCCAUUUAGAGGAUAUAACACCUGAUGUCGAUUUUACAAAUAGCUUGCAUCUGGUACGUCCGGUCUGGUUGCACUGCGGUGUAAGGGUAUUCAACAUCUUGCAGAGUCUAGCAAUGGGAGCUCUAAGCAGACAGGAGUUCUUCCAGGAACUGGGAUUCGGUUGCUUGCUUCCAACUGUCCAGCAGGGUCUAGAACAAGUAUGGCAGCUGUUACUCAUCUGCCUAGUAUGUAGGCUGCUGUGGAGAUUGGGUCUGCCCUCUGUCUUGAAACACCUGAGUACGGUGGCAGGCGGUUUUUACACUCUCUACCUGUUCUUCGAGCUGCACAUGGUUUGGGUGGUGCUUCUCAGCCUCCUCUGCUACCUCAUCCUCUUCCUGUGUCGUCAUUCAAGCAGCCGCGGACCUUUCCUGUCCAUCACUAUCCUCAUCUACCUUCUUCUGGGAGAGUUGCAUAUGAUGGAUACAACAACCUGGCAUAAAAUGAGAGGUUCCCAGAUGGUAGUGGCCAUGAAGGCAGUUUCUCUUGCCUUUGACUUGGACAAAGGCAUAGUGGAGAAAGUUCCCUCCCCAGUGGAGUUCAUGGGCUACAUUUAUUUUGUGGGGACCGUCAUCUUUGGGCCUUGGAUCAGUUUCAACAGCUACAUGGAUGCAGUAGAGAGUCGAAAACUUAGUGCCUCCUGGUUUAUGAAGUCAAUCUUCAGCUGUGUAAAGAGCCAGAUCUGUCUGGUCAUUUCCAACUGCAUUGCUCCCUAUCUCUUUCCCUAUUUCAUCCCAGUCUUUGGAGACAAGCUUCUCCGCAACAAGAAGCGAAAGAUGAGAGGCUCUAUUAAAAGGUGGCUACAGGCCUAUGAGAACAGCCUGUCCUUCCAUUUCAGUAAUUACUUUGUAAGUUACCUCGGUGAGACGACAACCACACUGGCAGGUGCUGGGUUCACAGAAGAGAAGGACAAUCUUAAGUGGGACAUGACAAUAGCAAAGCCACUUAAUGUUGAGUUUCCCAGGUCUAUGGUUGAAGUGGUCACUUCCUGGAACCUGCCCAUGUCCCGCUGGCUCAACACCUAUGUGUUUAAGAAGGCUCUCAGAUAUGGGAGCUUCACAGCCAUUAUCUUGACAUACACAGCGAGCGCUCUGCUACAUGGUCUAAGUUUCCACAUUGUGGCAGUAUUAUUUACACUAGGCUUCAUAACAUAUAUUGAACACGUGCUUAGAAAAAGAUUGUCAAUCAUUUUAAAUGCAUGCGUCCUCUCAAAGAGAUGCCUAUCUGACUGCAAACACAGACAUAAAAAGGAAUUGUGGGUAUAUUUAAUUAAUGGGACAUUUAGCAUGUUAGCAGUGCUACAUUUUACAUACCUGGGCUCUAUUUUUGGCUCCAGUACAGAUGACAUGGAUUCUGAUGAGAAUGGCAUGGCCAGCCACACCAUUCAGAAAUGGAUGCAGCUCAGCUGGACAAGCCACUGGUUGACUUUCGGCCUUUGGGUCUUGUAUCGCCUUAUUCUAUAAACACUUAGACCUACAUAGACGAAGAGAGAUUGGGAGA